AUGAUAAAGUGUGAGAUGAACAAGAACUUUAACUCCAUUAACCAAACUGACUAUCAAACUAAUUCACAAACUAAUUACCAAACCACUUACCAAAACAUUAUUCGGUACACUUUCAGUGAUUGUCCUUGUCCAAUUAAUCAAACACAAUAUACUAACCUUAAUAAUCAACCAAAUAGUAUUAUUCAACUGAGUUGUGUAAAUCAACCUGGUACAAAUAAUCAGUUGAGUGGUGUGAAUCCUGGACUUGGGAUUUACACAGAUUUAUGUAACAAGUUAAUUUACAUUUUGAGGUAUAUUAUGGAAACUAUCAAUUGUUUAGAAACGUUUGUGUUGGUAUUAAAGAAAUACAUGAUCGAGGAUUAA